CGGGUACCUUUAGUUUCUUAACAUCUUGAUUGAUCGCGCAAAGUAUAAUAUUCACAAAUCUUGCGCCUUCACCCCUCAUAACCCGGGAUGCCUGUGUUUGGGUUAUAAUUUUACAAAUCCAAACCUUUUAACACAGUCACCCUCCUCAAUCUUUUUUUUUCUCAAUCACUAGGAGCAAAAUGUCGACCAAACGAAAACCCUCGAGCAAGAUUGUUCACCCAGUUGUUAAGCAAAGCGCAAAGAAGCCUUUGAAAGCUACAAUAAACGAGUCCGAGACAGCUGUCUCUGCCCCAGAAAUCACAAAGGAAAGCGAGGCUAUAGACGAGAAAGUAAUAGAGAUUUCGAGCGACUCUGGUAGCAGCGAAUACGAGGUCACAGACAAUGAGCAGAGUGAGGGUGAGCCUACGAAGCCAGGCAGUAAGACUAGACCCGGGACAGAAGUAUCCCAAAGUCAAAUAAUAGCAAACAAACCCACACAAUCGCAACAAGAGAACAACGAAGAUGUCGAUGUUGAUAUGCCUUCGCCCAAUUUACCAACGGACGGCGAGUCUGACCAAGAACCCGCCCAACCUACAUUCGGCGAACUCGCCCGCGCAAACGACACCAUUGAAGUCCCAGCUGCGAUAUCUGCACAAUCCAACACUCUCGUCACUCCAGGGCGGUCCUUAGUACCACCCAGCAUCUCAUCUCUUGGGACUGUUCUAACCCAAGCUCUUCGCACCGACGAUUCAGACCUUCUAGAGUCUUGUCUUCACACCACCGAUCUCACUACCGUCCGAAAUACCAUUCAAAGAUUAGACUCUAGUCUCGCAGGAACACUACUUACCAAACUCGCUACGAGAAUGCACAGGCGCCCAGGACGAGCAGGUAGUCUCAUGACUUGGGUACAAUGGACAUUAAUUGCACAUGGAGGUGCACUGGCAACCCAACCUGGAUUGUCGAAGAAGUUAAGCGAGCUUCAUCGAGUAUUAGAAGAACGAUCAAGAGGUCUCAAUUCUCUUCUAGCCCUCAAGGGUAAGCUUGACUUACUUGAGGCACAAAUGGAACUACGCCGAAGCAUGCAACGAAACAGGGACAUUGAUGAAGAUGAAGACGAAGAAGAUGUCGUCUAUGUGGAAGGGGAAGAUAGCGACGGUGAGAUGGUGAACGGAAAUAUGGACUUGGAUGACGAAGACGACGAGCUACCUGUCACAAAUGGUGUGGUCGAAGAUGAUUCAGAAGACGACGAAGAACCGAGUGAAGACGAGGAUGAUGACGACGAGCUAGAAGGUCAAGAAGACUUGGACGAAAAUGACGUAAAUCACGAAGACCUUGAAUCAGAAGAGGAGGAUAGUGAAGCUGAGGUGGCGGAACCCCAACGGCCGGUGAAAAGGUCAAGAACUAAGAGGAGGUGAAACUCUCACGAGACAACGUUGAGAAGGCAUUUCUAGUACAUCCUAUGCGAUACCCGCUGUCCCUCGAAUCGCACGUCACAAUACCAAGCUGGGUUUAUGCCUCCGGAGAAUACCUCCAGGUACGGGUUGAUGUGACAGAUUCUACGAGGUAUUAUGUAUAAAAGGUUUGGUUUAAUAAGACCUAAUUACCAAAGGUCUAUAUAGAUAACUUUUGCUCAUGCGCUCCAGCAUAUACCAAUGUGUUUGUUGCCAUAUUCGAA